CUGCAGCAGCAGCGCGAGCCCGAAACGCUCGAGCGCCCCCCCUCUCCCUCUCGCUCUCUCUCUGUCGCCAAUUCGUGUGCUCCUGAAGCCUCCAUUGAUUUAUUCGUUGCUGCUCGCGCUCUGGCGGCAGAUUCAACGCGUGAAGCUCUGAUAGCUCUCUCGCUGGCUCCUCAACGCUUAAAUCUCAGUGCUGGGCGUGCGGGAGUGAGUCUUGGCGUUCGUUCAUAUGCGACUUCUGUCUUGAAGCGAGCGGGCGGAGUGCCUCGGCGUCAUUUGAGUUAGCUUCGCUUCCGGCUUCCUCGGACCCGGCCGUCACAUCCCAUACUCGUUGAGCUUGUGGUUUGAGUUGAUCUGUGGAGCCGGGGGUUACUACGGUUGCUGUGCGGGGCCAAGAUGAAGCUUAAUUAUGGAAGAAUCGUGACAUUGCCGCUGCUGCUUCUGAACUUCGCCAUGUUCAUCAUAGUUCUUGGUCUUUCGGGACAUUUCUUGAACGACGCCAUUGGCGGCAGUGCGGGUGGAAACGGGGCAACAACGUUCUUCAUUACAUUCGCCUUGGUAGCUGGUGUCGUGGGCUGCGCUUCUGUUAUUGCUGGCUUGUACCAUCUGAAAGUCUGGAAGACUGAAACAUUGGCAGCCACCAACGCCGUCACAUGGGUGUCUUGGGUUCUCGUGCUGCUCGCAAUGGGGCUUGCUUGGAAGGAAAUUCACAUUGGCGGAAGGAGCACUAAACAUAGGGUGUUAGAGGCCUUCGUGAUCAUUCUCAGCUUUACCCAGCUGCUCUACCUGAUGAUGCUCCACCUGGGAGUUUUCGGAGCCACCAAGUUCGGACCAACUUACGGAGAACCCGUGGUUGCAAGCGACGUCAAGGUGACAACCCCCGCGACGACGGCGUCCCCAGCGGCAGCGUCCGCUGUCUAAGUGGCUGCACGACCUGGUCAAACGAAGAAAUUCCUGGAAAAUCUCAUAUCUUCGUGAGCUCUGAGAUACUCGUCGUCGAAGGGAUGAAAACACUUUCAUCGAUUUCUGUGGAAUUACUUCAUCAUACUUGGAGUCUUUCACCUUGUUUAUCUUCUUUCAUCUCUUGUCUAUAUACUUAAGAUACUCCCCUGUUCUGUAUAGCUGCAGAACCUGUUAAGGGGAGCAGUAGCUUACCCCUUUAGAGUUACAGCAUGUAGCAAUUGUUUAUGUCAUGGGGAAACACAUCAUAUUCUGUAAUCAGUCAUCUGCAAGGACUAUCUUCGACGUUGCCCAGGAUCGAUAGAAGCUGCGUUUGCGGGGCAUUACAACACGUGAUAGUCGUCACCAUGUUUAGAAUAGACCUGUCUGAAAAGCGAUCAAACAGCUCUCUCCAACUCAUGUCACGUCCGUGCUCGCGAAUUUCCUCUCAUAGAGUUUCCAGCACGUAUCUCUAUUUGUCAACUUCAGCGUCUGGAAACUGAGCGAGCGCUCUGGGUCGAUGCUUUUUUCGACGUGCUCUUCUUUGAUGUACUCUAAUUGAUUAAUAUCAAUCGUCGCCGGUUUCAAAUA